GAACUGAUAAUCGAAUAAUCGCUUAGUUGAGAGAGAUAGAAACGUAAAAGAACGAAGGGUUAAUUAUACUUUAAUAUUCAAAAUAAAUCUGGUUUUCUUAAAAUUUUAAUAAAGUGAUGUAACAUUAAUAUACGUAAAAACUUAUGUUUUAAGCAUUUACUUCGGCAAAAGAAAUUAAAUUAAUUUUCUUAUUUUCAGACUUAAAAUACCCUUAUUACAGAUUUAAAAGAAGCGAAAAGUAUGCUUUCAUUUAGCAUCAAAGAAAAAAUGAGAGAAGAAAUAUUAAGGUGGGAAACAAAGAUGUAUUUUCAGGUUUUCUCGAUAUUUUGAAUUCAGUCCCAAGAAUUUUGGCACUUACUUUCUCAAAUUCUUAUGGCAAGUUUAAAUUUAAUUAUAUAUAUUAUCCUUUCCUUUCCACCUUCAAAAAUUUUAAUUUCAUUUCUAAAACCUAUAUUUUAUAUUUAGUUGGUAAAUUUUAAUUAGUUACGUUAAGUUAUUCAGUAUAAGUUAAGUGUAAAUUUUCCACAACUAAUCUCAUUGGCGGGAAUUAUCAACUUGGUUAAUUAUUGGCGGGAACUAUUCUUCCCACUUUUCCCUCGUGAAGACAAAGAAUAUUCUCGGGUGAAGAUCUCCUGCGAACAGCGACUACCUUUUUUAAAGGGCUAUAAAUUUGCUUUGAUUAAUUUUGAAAAUGUCGUCAAUUGUAGCCGAACUUUUACAGUCAUCAGGAAAGUUAACUAAAGAAAGUAUAGUUUUCAAAGUUCAUGAUCUGAAGACAAAAUAUGAAGAUAUUAAGCAUGAAGUUAUUGAAAGCUUGAAGAAUAAGUAUAUUGAAUUUUUACCUCACUAUCAUAAGCUUGACAGACUUGAUGAUGAUUUGAGUAAAAUUACUGAUGAGUUUGAAGUUUUAUGUACCCAGAUUGAAAGAGAGAUUAAGCCACAAGUGGUGAAUUCUGAUGAUGGAUUCCAAAACAUUUUGGAAGAUUUGAAGAAGACCAAGAAAAUUCAAAUGAUUGCAUCAAAUCUUAUUUUACUUCAUCAGCAUCUAAGUGGAGCAAAACGUGCUUUGCUGCAGUCUUCGUAUUUGCAUGCUGCCCGUGAUCUGCUAGACUUUGAGCUGGUUUAUAAAUCUAUUGAUUUAGAAAAUCAAACAGAUGCAAUAGUAAUUCAUGCUAUCAAAACAGAAUAUUUAGUUACCAAAACUAAUUUAAUACAUAGUCUAGAAACAUUAUGGCACAAGAAAUAUGUCAUUAAUAGUAUUCAAGAAGACAAAAACAAAAAAACUGUUACAUUUACUAUUCACAAAAACCCAGAUGAAGAUGAAAAUGUCUUAAAAACUUUAAAACUUUUAAAUAACCUUUCACGUCUGUUGAAAGAAUUCGGAAAACAGUUUUUAAAUGUCGUAUGUAAUACUGUAUUAAUGAAUAAUGUUAAAAUUGAAUGUGAUGUAUCCUCUGUUUUAACUCUAACUAUCAUUAAUGAGCAGAGUCCAAUGCCAGAGGAAGUAUUUGAAACUUUAACGCAGAUUUUUUUAUUUCUUAAUUCAGAAAUUUUCUAUUUACCAACUGAUAUAGGGAAAGAUAACUCUGGACAUAUAGCAAUGAGUGAGUUUGGAAAGUCAAUUGAAAAGGAUUUUUGUUCAUUAGUUAUAGAAAAAUGCUUAAAAACAAUAGUUCCAAAGCAAAGUAAGCAGCUGGAUGCUUUUCAUAAAGAAAUAGUUUCUGCUGAAAAAUUUUGUUCCGUUCUCAAAGAACUGAAAUUUUUUACUAUGCCUGAAAAUAAACUUUUGGAAUUUAUAUAUAGUGUUGAUACUCUCCCUGUGGAUAAAAUGACUCAAGAUAUUAUGAAUAGAGCUCGAUCUUUCAUGAAAAAGAGCUUACAUCAGACUGUGACUGUUGGCUCAGAAAUUGAAUCCAGUGGUGAAAAGAAUAUAACUAAUCUGAAUGAAACAGAUCAAACAAAAAAUCAACUUAGCAAAUCAGCCUUUAUAUUUCCUCGGUGCCAGAUCAGUACUUCAGUGAAAGACCUGAAAAAUUUUCUUUAUACAAUUAAAGAUGAAGCAAAAAAUAUUGGAUCUUCGUACGUGUUGAGAAUUUUUUAUGUCGCUAGAAGUAUUUGUGAACUUUAUUGUUGUGUUGUGCCUACUUUUCAUAAACAGGAAAUUGAAAGCGUUCCCCAGCAAACAGCUAUAUUUCAUAAUAACUGUAUGUAUUUAGCUCAUUACCUUUGUGUCCUUGGUACUGUUUACGAAUGUGAUCUGGAAUCUGAUAUUCCUAAGACUUUUGUUGAUUUGGUGCAAGACAUUCGAAGGUUAGGAACAGAAGCUUUUCUCUGCCAGAUGAGAUGUCAGAGAGAGCAACUCCUUCAAUUGUUGAAAGAACUAAAAGACUAUCAGAAUAUUGUAACUGAUGAUGGCUUAGUUAACAAAGCAGAAAAAGCUGUCAGGCAGUGUCUUUGUCAGCUGCAACUACUAAAAAAAGCAUGGUCAGAUAUUCUCCCUGUUCAAGUAUACUUCAAAGCUAUUGGAACUUUGCUGAAUACAUGCCUUGAAGAAAUAAUGUCCAACGUAUUAUCAUUAGAAGAUAUUGCAGCAGAAGCUGCUGCACAGUUAGAUAGCAUUUUUGGAAUACUUCUAAAAGAAGGAUCAGAUCUUUUUAAGAUCUCUUCUACAAACAGAAGUAAUGCUGUGCAUCUUUAUGUGCGAAGUCUCACCAAAUUUCAGGAAAUGCAUUUUCUUUUAUGUGCUACUAUGAAAGAAAUUGUUGAUCGGUGGGCUGGUGGGAAAGGUUCCUUGGCAACACACUUUAGACCAGAAGAAGUCAGACAUAUGAUAAUGGCUUUUUUUGAAAAUUCUGAAAAGAGAGUAGCAGCUCUAUCUAAGAUCAAAUGAUCAUUAUUUAUAUAACUGUAAAAUCAAUAUCAUUUAAUUUGUAGUUUGCAUUUUGUAACAGAAGUACUACAUCUUUUAAAAAUAAUUCUGUGUAUAUAUAUAUAUAUAUAUAUUGUAAUAUUAUACGAAUUUGUUACGAGUUAAGUAUUUUUAUCUGUAUUUUGUAUUAUAUAUUAUUAAAACAAUAAUUAAAUUCUUAUUGAAGUAAAUAAAGUUUUAAAUUUGCAGUGGUUUUUAUAUUUUAGUUGUUGUGUAUCAGUAGUGCAGAGAGUAUUUUUUUUUUAAUCCCUGCAUUUUGUUCGCAUGAAAGAAUAAUAUUUUUUACUAUCUCUUUGAAUUACGAGUUCAAAUUUUAGUAACAGGGAAAAAAAAAUUGCAGCUUAUUUUCUGAUGUUAUUAAAUUUUUAUGUAAAGAUAAAGUGCUAUGAAAAUUUAAAACUAUGGUGUGAUCCAACUUACUAUAUCCAUAAAUUUAUGAACAACUUUUUAACAAAUGAAGCCAUAAACUUGUAAUUAAAGAAUAAAGAGAAGAGUGCAAUUAUGCAUACAACAUUCAUUUUAAUAGAAAGGAUGCCAAUGAUUGUAGUUGAAUGCUUCUGUAGCCAAAAAUAUUGUUACAAACUGUCCAGCCGUGGUACAAUAGAUUCCCCGCAAGGUGGGUUUUAGAAUUGCAAGGAUUUGGCAUGAAAUCACCCAUUUGGUGACAAAAUUGGCGAUAUGCCAAAGACGGAUGGUGAACAUUCUAGAAUGAAUUCUUACCAGUUUGUCCCAGAAUUUUCUCGAAGGCAGUCCGAAAGCUAUACAGGGUGUCCCAGAAAUGUUGCCACAAACUUCUGGGGAAGGUAGGGCACAUCAUAAGGAUGAAGAAUUGCAUAGGAACCCAUGCCCGGAAACAUCAUUGUACACCACCAGGGGGUGCUGUACAAGAGAAGUGCUAGUGGAAAGUGAGGAUUGCCUCAUUUGACUGGUAGGUACCAUACGAAGAGCAUGGAACACUAUAUGAGCUGGGAGCUUGCAGACAUGCAAUUAGUGUAUGGUAUAACUGAGGAUAAUGAAAUGCAUCUUGUGGCAAGACCCGCCUAUGCAGCUCCUACAAUUAAAGAAACUCCUGGUGUGUUUGAACAUGUCCAGCAAUAAAUGGUCUGUCAGCAUCACGCAUGUUAUCUGUCUGAUUGUGCAAACUUCGAGCAUCUGUUGUGACAUUCAAGCUGUUGUACACCAUUUGUAUUCAUGUCCAAUAAGUGUUUCAAAUUAAUCACUCUUGUUUCUUUUCCCAUCUUCUACCUCUGCUAUCACUUAUCCCUGACAUUUCUGGGCAUGGGUUUCUAUGCAAUUCUUAAUCCUUAUGAUGUACCAUACCCUCCGAGAAAUUUAUCGUAACAUUUCCGGGACACUCUGUAUAACCCUGCUGGUACACAGAGUAGGGAGUGUUUCAUAGUCUAUCAAGUCGAUAUUGAGUCUAUGUGGAGUUGGUCAUCGAGAGUGUGCAUCGUUGAGGCAAUUGUUUGCCUUACAAAUUGUAGCGUGGAGAGUCGCGAGAGUACGUUGAGUUCCUGGAACAACCGAAUCGGGAGCUGUACUCUGGUGUUUUGCCGUUAAGCUGUCUUCAUUGUUAUAGCUUGAGGCUGUGUUGCUGAUUAUUUCAGCUUGUUUAUAGUAGUUUUUCGAUGACUGUAAACGUGAUUUUGGAACUGUCCUGAGUAAAAAUGGCUAAAUAAAUUGUGUUUUGAUGUUUCAUCAACUGUCAUCGUUAAUCGCUCUAAAUACACGAACCCACAAGAAUGUACCAAUAUAAAAUUUUAAUGUUCCUAGUUUCUGCAGUAGUUAAAUGCAAGAUUUAGCAUGCGCUGUUUAUAUUGUAUAAGUUCUUAUCGUGAAAUUUUCAAAGAUAUUUUGAAACUACAUUACUUCAACAGCUUGGUUGUAAAAGUAAAAUUGUAUUUUUCAAAGUUGAGCAUUUUGCAUAGGAGUCCCAUUCUAUUCUUCUAAAAUGAGGAAUUGGGUGCUUUUGAGUAACUAUUGUACAAUAAAUGUAGGACUGAAAAUCAGUUGUCUGAAGUUCAGAAGCAAAUGUUUGUUUAUGCAAUUUUUGCACAUAUGCUGAUACUAAUAGUACAAAUAAGUCUCUGCCGUUUUUUAUUAAAAAAUUGGGCAUUUAUUGUGAAAGAAUGGUAUGUUGUGUUUUAUUCAAAGUAUUGUCCAUCGCUAGCCACUAUGUUUUUCCAUCUUUCUGGCAGCAUACAGAUACUGCAUUCGAAGAGCGCUUCCUCUUUCAAGGCUAUCCAUAAAUCAACCCAUUUUUUGGGUAUCUGCAUAUGACGUAAAGUGCUGCUCACCCAGGCCAUGCAUCAUCAAUCGAAGCAAGUAAUAAUAGUAGGAGCAAUAUCUGGUAAAUGCAGGAGGUGGGGGAAAAUUUCUCAUUCCAAGUAGGUUUUUGACUGGCUUCGCAACCUGUGGAUGAGCAUAAUUAUGCUGGAGAAUAAUUUUUUUGUCAUGUCGAGUCGGAGGGGGCACAUAUUUUUUUGAGUACUCGGCUCAGUCUCAUAAGUUGUGUUUGGUAGAUAGCCCUAGUAAUGGUUUCUUUCGGUUUGAGCAAUUCAUAAUACAUGACAUUAAGUUGAUCCAACCAUACACACAACACAAUUCCUUUUCCAUGAAUAUGACGUUGUUUAGUUGUGUUAUUAAGUGAUUAUAUUGUUAAUGUUUUUAAAAAACAAUAUCUCUUAUUUGUGAAGGGUCAAUACACCUCUUGGGAUCCUUCCCUAUAAAAUCUAUGUCAGUAUUAUCUCUUCAUUUUACAUGGAGAAAUAAAUCUCUUACUAGCUGCUGGAGUGUAUCAUGGAUGACUCCAGCAGCCAAAAUGUAUAUAUUGUAAAUAAAUACAUAUUUUUGAA